GCCCUCGGUUCCACUAAGGAAUACUACCCCUUUAGUCAAUCCAUAGACUCACCAGAAAAUCCUUCUACCCUUCUUUCAGAGACGAUUGAAAACUUAUCGUCAACCGUACCAGGUCGUUGGAGAUGCUGAAGCAUUCGGAGUAUCCCGUGCCUAUACCAGAGGAGAGGUCUCAACGGCCGUCCGAGAGCACACGAUCCCGCGAACUCUAUCGGUGCGUACCGUUUGCUUUUACCUGCAGCCCCCUCACUGCUGUGAUUCCGAUAAAUAUAUAUUCAUGCUUGAUCCGGUAUCUCCGGUGGGCCAGUGACCACUAACAGUUCCGAUCUCCUAACCUUGUAGAUACUAUUCCCCGCCAAGUAACCCCGACGAGCAGCUCGAAAGUCGUGCAACGGAUACAGUCCUCUUUGCUUUUGCCCAACUUACGGCCCUCAGACUCGACGUCAAGCAGGCCCUGAUAUCGCUUGUCGAUUCCACUACGCAAUACAUCAUUGCCGAAUCUUCACAGAAACUCAUUCCUCAUCUUUCCAAAUCAAAGUCAAAGUACACACCAGACCCAUUGACUCAAGACACCUAUGAGAUUCAGGCUUACCCACGGUUUGGUCGCUUAUGCGAGAAGGCGUUGGAUCUCUUUGAGGAUGUGCCGCCGGGGCAGUUUAAUAUGCUUGAGAUAGAAGACUUGGCUGCUGACCCCCUCUAUCAAGAAAUCGACUUUGUCAAAGAGUCACCUUACAUGCGCUUCUACGCUGGUGCGCCUAUCAGAACGUCGAAGGGGCUGAACAUUGGCACACUCUGUCUCUUGGAUAGCCGUCCCCGGAAGCUAUGUGAGGAUGAGAAGGAGACUCUCGUCAUGAUGGCCGAUGUUGUUAUGUCGCACUUGGAGACGAUCCGCAGGGAGAGAAAGAGAAGCGUUGGCGUUAGAAUGCAGAACAAUUUGGGGAAAUUUGUGGCUGGUGGUGUGAUAGCACGAGGGCAGACACCUGGGUGGAAGGAUGGGAAUGAGGGAUCCGUGAAAAUUGCAGAAAAGAGACCUUUCGAUGGCCGACCUCCACCUUUCAUAGUUGCCAAAUGCCGUACAGGUGAGUGCGGACCGAUCCAACCAAAUCCUCUUCCACUUUCGCCCAGAUCUUCAGAAGCGGAUAUAUCUAGGCCGACCAAGCCUGAAGCUCUACCUAAGCGCUCCGAGUCACAAACGGGCCCUUGUGCUGAGUCCGAGGCUGUCUCCUCUAAUUCGAUACCAGCCCUCGAUGCUAGUUUCUUGUCAAAAAGCUCGCCCGAUACGUACGCCAGAGCAUCCAACCUUAUAAAAGAGGCCAUGGGCGUGGACGAAGUCGUGUUUGUUAAGCCUCACCUAGGGCUGAAUAGCAGCAUACUUGACUGCCCCAGCGAGUACUUUACCCACUCGGCUGGUUCUGGGAGACGUCCGGUUUCACCGGGCUCAUCGCUUUGGUCAGAGGAAGAGUCCCGUCUCACUCCUCGUAUUGGACAGGGCCAGACGCCCUCAGUAGCUGGAAUACUGGAGGAAGCUUUCCUCCAACAACUCUUAACGGAAUACCCUUGUGGAGGGAUAUUCAAUCACGCGAUAUCACAUCCAAUGCAGCCCCAAUUUUCCCCCAGAACAAACGGUCCGGAUGGAUGGCGAGAAGUGGAACCAUCAAUUGAAGAGCGCGCUGUUUCUAGUUUUUUGAAGCUCGCCCCACGCAGUACAUCAAGCAUAUUCUUCCCACUAUAUGAUACUGUCGGAAAGGUUAGCUCUCUAGGUUUUGUUUUUAUAAACAACCCUUCCCGGGUAUUUAAUAGUGCAGAACUGGGGUACUUGGGGAUUUUUGGUAAUGCUAUCAUGGCAGAGGUGAAGCUAUUGAAUACGAUUUCGGGUUAGUGCCUUUAAUCCAUGAUUUUCUCGAUUAUUACCAGAACUGAUUACUUCUAGCGGAUAAUGCCAAGAGCAGGUUCAUAUCAUCCAUAUCUCAUGAGCUAAGGUCUCCUCUACAUGGGAUCCUUGCCGGGACAGAGCUGCUUCUCGAUACAACUGUCAAUGCGCAGCAACGUGAGCUUCUAGAAACGAUAGAAAACUGUGGUCGUACCUUGUUAGAUACGCUGAAUCAUGUACUAGAGUUUUCAACGCUAGACAUUGCGGCCGUGCGAGAUUUCCCCCGACAGUCGUCAACUCCCCACGCAAAACCCAUGGAAAUCGGCCAAGAGUCUGGCAUCUCUAAUUUUGAUCAAAACUCGGAAGGCAUCGCUAAGGGUGAAAAGGUUGUGAUUGACCUGACUAGAUUAGUGGAAGAAGUAAUACAAGUGGUGGUAGCAGGUUAUGGGUUUAAGCCGACCAACCUAGAGACACCGAGCAAAGUGAGCGAGGUCCAGUGGAAAACGUUACCAAGUGGUCCAUCCAACGGCAGUCUCAGGAAAACGUUAACGUUGAAUAAAGACACUGUUCCCAUAGUUCUCGACAUUGAGCAAAGAGAAAGCUGGCUCUACAAAACGCAAUCCGCGGCAUUCCGGCGAAUCUUGAUGAACCUGUUGGGAAAUGCCCUUAAAUAUACCAACCGCGGUUUCGUGCACGUAAACCUCUCGAUUCAGCCAAACCAGCUCACAUCGCCUAACGAAGGGGCUGGGGUGGAUCUGGUCACCUUGACCGUUGAGGACACUGGGAAAGGGAUGAAGCAAGAGUUCCUCACCGAGGGUCUGUUUGCAGCGUUUUCCCAGGAGGACCAUCUCUCUCCCGGCACUGGGUUAGGGAUGGCAAUUGCCAACUUGCUUGUUAAAUCACUUGGUGGGACUAUCACUGUGCAGAGUCGUCUGGAAGAAGGGACAAGGUUCACUGUAACCUUACCACUUCAACGUGGUAAUUUUUCAGACGCACUCCCGGCGCCAGAUUCUGUUACCAUGGCACCGAAGACGAGUUCAACAUUCGGUGAAACCAAAAUCAAGACAAUGGGGAAGCGGGUGUCAAUGUUAGGAUUCCAUUCGCCGAGCGGAGAUAAGCUACAAUUAAGAAAACUAGAGGCCAUGAGUAAUUCUUUGCGGGCGUAUCUGGAGAACUGGUUUGACAUGACUAUAAUCCCGUACACAAACAGAUGGCGGGCAGAAUCAGAUUUAUUGAUCGUGAGAUAUUCCGCAGAAACAAGCGCGAUCGUUCAAGCAUUGGCAGGAGAUAACCCCGUGCUUGUGCUCCAUGCCGAUUCUUCAAAGAUAAUCAGCUCAACCUCAGCCUGGGUCAAGUCUCUGUCUACGCCGUGAGGCCCUCCCUGCCUGAUUUUUAUAAAUGCAGGAAUUUACUGAGCCUUACCUAGAUGUGGCCCCAAUAACCUGGCAAAGAUGUUUGACGUACUCCUCCGGGAUGGAGGCACGGGGAAGUUUGAUGGGGCCGGAUAUAUUGCCAAGGCUUCGUCCGGAGAAAGGGAGGAAGGGGGCCUGGAUGGUCAGACCGUGGCAGAGGCCGUCUCCCAACCGCAUACCUCAAUACUUGAUACCGAGAUGAACUCGUUGGUUAUUACAUCAACUGUAUGUAUACCCUGCUCCUACAUCGCAACAAUUAUACCCAUAAAAUUUGCAGGUCGGCCAGCCAGUAAAGCCAUCUCCAGUUUCUACGAUUGGCGAAGCGAAAGCUAGAAGUCCCAGGAUCCUUGUGGUGGAUGAUAACCCAGUUAAUCAAAUGGUACGUCAAAUUAGCCCCCAUGUCCAAUAUCGGGCUCAAGAGUGAGACUAACGCUUCCCAGGUCCUAGUCCGCUACCUGAAAAAGCGCAACUAUUUCUUCAGCAAAGCCGAAAACGGCCUCGUUGCACUCAACGAUGUCAAGGCCAGCGCCAACCCCUACGACAUAAUCCUCAUGGGUCUCUCUUCCCCGUUAGAUCUCUCCAAUUUGCAAGCAUUCGAAGCUAACAUAUCCCCUCAGACCUACAAAUGCCCGUGAUGGAUGGCUUCGACUCAACAACGGCAAUCCGCAAACUAGAAUUCGAAGAGAACCGCGCCCCAGUAACCAUAAUAGCCCUCACCGGCCUGGACGCCCGCGAAGACCGAAAAAAGGCCAUCGCUUGCGGGAUCAACGUCUUUUUGACGAAACCGGUACCCUUAUCGCAGGUGCAGAUUGAACUAGACAAAUGGGAGAGCGGUAGUGGUAAUAAUAGAGGUGGUGGUAAUACCCUCUCGCGAUAGAGCCCCGUUUAGAUUUUAUUUUAUUUUAUUAUGGCGUCAAGGGAAACCUUUUUUCAUUUCACCCGAUGGGUGGACGAAUCAUGGGAGGAAAGGGCAGGGAGUACACAGCGAAUUUUUGUCCCACUUAUUUAUCUAUUUGUUAUUGUCCCGUUUCUGCUCAUCUUUCAUCCACCCUUCUCCCCCGAGGGCUGCCUGCACCCGCGAAUUUCACAAGCAUCCGGACACCUCAAUUCCAAGGCUCACCAAAGCACAAAUACUUUGAGCCAAGUUGUAUGAUAAUUCACAAACACAGGUAAGUUAGCGGGUUGGGUGCGAGUGCAGCAUCACGGAAUCUCACUCGAGCCCACCCACUAGUCACCGGUGCAACCCCCAAACGCUUCACCCAACCUCACAUUUCACAUCCCAACCUGGAAAAACAGCAGGGAACAGCUCACGAAGGCGCAGCCAGGCGAAAGAAACUCUCCCCAAUCGCCCUCCCGCCUGCCGGCCCGCUUCGCGGAAUGGUAUCCCGACAAAUAUUGAGUCUUCACUGAUAAUGAUAUGAUAUGAUAGGGCAAGGACUCUACUCACUCGCCGCUCAGUCGCGGAGCCUGUGCCGGCGCAUUCAUGUAGUGCCCGCUCUAUGGAGGGGUCUUUUUUUUCCCCCGCAAAUCCGGGAUUAACUAGGUCCCAUGUUGGCGGCAUACGGGUUCGGAUGGUGGAUGGAUGGUGGAUUGUUUGAUUGUUGAUGCUUGGAGUUUGUUGUGUUUAUUCUCUCCUUUCUACCUUGUGGAACUCGAAGGGUUAUGAUAGUGUACAGUACAGUACAGUACAACCACCGUUCCUACGGGUAAUCACACCGUGCCGUGCCCGCCACUAACCAACUUAACUUACCGUACCGGUACAGUACGAUACAGCCGCCCACAACCGCACAAAAUCCUCAAUGUGCACACAAGGACUGUAUCAUACCGUGCCACAACGAUUUCCCUCUCCCAACCGCCCCCCCUCGUGAUAAGGCACCGGCGGGGGCAGGGCAAGGCAAGGGGAAUCGCAGUGUAUUGCACGGUACCGGACUACAGUGCAGUGCAGUAUUGUGCAAC